UUUGUCAGUUUUUUUUUUUUUUUUGCUAAUCAGUAUAAGGCAUAGUUUAUAGUGGAAUACUAGCUUAUUGUCUAGCUCUCUAAACAACGCAGUUAUUUAGCAUUGGACCUUUGACAUUCAGAUGCCAAAAUAAAUGCCUUAAAAUAAUACACUACCAUUCAAAACUGUCUGUAAGAAUUUUAUUAAUUUUUAAAUUAAGACUUUUAUUAAGCAAGUUUGCAUUAAGUUGAUCCAAAGUGACAAAGAUUUCUAUUUAAAUGCUGUUUUUAAUCCUGUAAAAGAAUCCUGUAUAAAGGUUUCCCAAACAAUAUUAAGCACAACUGUUUUCAACAUUAAUGUUAAGAAAUUACUUGUGCAGCAAAUCAGCAUAUAAAAAUAAUCGAAGAUUCAUGCGACACUGACGACUGUAGUAAUGAUGCUGAAAAUUCAGCUUUACCAUCACAGGAAUAAAUUACUUUUUAAAAUACAUUCAAAUAGAAAACAAUUAUUUUAAGUUUUACAAAUGUUUCACACUAUCAGUAGUAGUAUUUUCUUUAUUUAUUUUCUUUAUUUUUUUAUCAAAUAAAUGCAGCCUUGAUGAGUACUUAUUACAAAAACAUCAUAAAAAUCUUAUUGACCCAGAAAUGUUGAAUGGUAGUAUAUAUUAUUAAUUCUUACUUUGUGUUGGCUGAUGCAUUAGGUGAUUUUUUCUUUUUAACGAGUGAGACUUUUUUGAAAAAUGUUACCGAUACUCUUGAUAACAUUUUUACAUUAUUAUGUAUGCCAUAAUAUAUAUGCAGGUAGUUUCCGUUUCCAUUUUCCUUUAAUUCAAGUAUAUAUACCAACUGACACUAGAGGGAGUUCUUACACAGUAAACUGUAAAUAUACAUUUAUAAAUACACUUGUUAACAGCAUAACAGAUUUAAUAUAUGACUGAAUAUUACCGUUUCUAUAAUUCAUACAGAUAUCUAGUAUGUCUUGAGAGCAUCAGUCUAUAGACAUCCAAAAUAAUCCUCCUCUUUCAUCAGCAGCACUUGAAAGUGACCUGUGGUUCGUGCAAUCACAGGCGUCCCAUAUGAAGAGCACAUGGCACAAAGAGUAUGAAAGUCUGCUGUAUUUAAAAGCAUGCCUCCGCUAUAUCAGGGGAAAAUGACUUCUGCGACCUACAGCACAUCUGACCACCAGCCUGCUAUUGUGGCCUCAGUGGUUUGUGGCCUGGAUGUAUUGUUUAGGAAAAGUCUAUUGAUAACACAGCUGUUGGGAAGAGGCCUUUGAGAUUUAAGACCUUUCCAGUAAAAGUGUGCUUCUUACAUUGAAUUGGCAUUUGACACUUUACUGGACAUUAUUUAUAAAGUAUUUAAAGGAAUAGUUCACCCAAAAAUGAUAAUUUGCUUAAAUGUUCCCACCCUCAGGCUAUGCAAAAAAUAGAUGAGUUUUGUUUUAUCACUGUAACCGAUGUGGAGACCUUUAGCAUUACAUCACUUGCUCAAUAAUGGUUCCUCUAGAAGUGAAUGGGUGCCGUCAGAAUGAGAGUCCAAACAGCAGAUAAAAACAUCACAAUGAUCCAAAAGUAAUCCACACAACUUCAGCCCAUUAAUUAACAUCUAGAGAAGCAAAAAGCUGUGUGUUUGCAAGAAACAAAUCCACUUUUAAUGAUGUUUUUACUUUGUGCUCUGUCCAUAAAUAUGUAUGUAGAUUUCUCUGUGAGAUGGACAUGGAGGAAUUAACAUUUUAAGGGUCAAAUGCCUUAAUGAUUGCUUUGUUUAUUACAAAAGCAGAGCUUUUUUGCUUCUCAAGAAGUUAAUUUAUGGCCUGGAGUUGUGUGGAUCAACUGUUUGGACUGUUAUUCUGACGGCACCCAUUCACUGCAGAGGAUCCAUUGGUGAUUAGGUGAUGUAAUGCUACAUUUCUCCAAAUCUGUUCCCAUGAAGAAACAAACUCCUAUAUGUCUUGGAUGGUGGAGUACAUUUUCAGCAAUUAUUACACUCUUUUUUUUUUUUUUAUUCCUAAACUAUGCUUUUGCUGUUAAAUAUAUUUCAAAUAAAUAAAUGCAUUGAAUGUAAAAUAAAGUCCUGCCACAACGUUUUCUUGUUAAACUUAUGCAAGGCCGAUGCAAGUGAAAUGGCAACAUUGUAGGCUAAUUCACCGCUUUGCUCUGAUGUGUGGCAGUGCAUUUAAAAAAAAAAAAAACUCAAGUGAUUAAUGCUGCAUUUUUUGAAAACCAUGGCAGUAUUUUCUCAGACUGUGGUGCCCUUCAUGGACGUGCGAAGCUGUUCUAUGAUGGCCUGCGUUAUGAAACUCGCGACUCAUGCGAAGAGAGCGAAAACAGGAGGUGACGGUGGGGGUAAACCAGAGGAGGUGCUAUAAUUUGAAAAGGCAGUUGUUUAUUGUUGAAGAGCAUGUAUUUAUUUCAUGGCACCGCAAAUUGUGGCUCAGGGCAGAGCCGGGUCUCGGUGGGUAAUUACAGAGCUUGAGGCAGCGCCCCACCACAGCAGCGUCUCUUAAGAGCCUGUGCCUUCCCUUCACUUCACACACACAUACACAGUGAGGACUUGCCAUCUAUUUCCAUUAAGACAUUGCAUGUUCUUGCUGAGGAACUUGCUUAGGAUCUUCUUCACUAAUGAUGCUUGAUAGACUUGAUAGACUUCACUGUAGGUGAAUUAGCAUUGUAUCAGUCAAACUGUCAAGUCUGGACUUUGACUUUGCUCUUGUCUAAAUUUCUUUCCAGUGUCCUUAGAAACAUUUUGACUGAAAGGUUUGUGUUUAAAUGCUCGAAAUUACUUAGAAGACAAAUAUAAACAAUUUUUAAUGUUUUAAUGUUUAUUUAAAAAUGCAGUAAAAGCAACCAUGUCGUGAAACUUUUUCUUCUUUUAGCAUAUUUUAAAGUGCCAUUUAUUUUUGUGAGCAGUCAUUACUCCAGUGUUGAGUGUCAUAUCAUUCAGAAGUCAUUCUAAUGUGCUGCUUUAGAAACUAUGAUUAAUUCUUUGCUGAAAAAAAAAUAUCAAAAGAUCAACAUUUUUUACAUAAAUCUUUUGUCACGUUUGGUCAGUUUAAUGCAUCCUUGCUGAAUAAAAGCAUUAAUUUCUAAACAAAUAAAACAAACAAAUUAAAUUUUUUUUUGCCUAUGUUAAUUUCUUUACAAAAAUAUUUAGUUUUUAUUAUUUUAUUUCAUUAUUUAGUUUGUCUCACAGCAACUUUAUACAGUAUCUCAUGGCUGUGACUUUAUUCCGUGUAGCUGCAACUUUUUAUAUCUCUAUUUUCUGACUAUAUUUCCUAGCAUCUGUUUUUAUACUUCACAAUUGCAACUUUUCUCUCCUAACUGCAACUCUAUUUUAAAAUGUGAAUAAAUUGUAGGUACCCCUUUAUAACUCAGAAUCUGUCACUGUGAUCUCAUAAAUUCUCAUGAAGUUGGUUAAGCUCUAGAUAAAGGGAGUCGACUUUGAAAAAAUUCAAAUAUAGUGUUUUUUGCCAUUUAAAUAAAUAAGUUAGUGUUAUCUCAUAGCUUUGAUGACUUUCCCAUUAUUAUAAAAUGUGGAAAAACCGUAGCAAUGAGGAAUGAGUAGGUGUGUGCAAUUUAGUUUUGGCUGGUAGUGUAUGUCACGUAUGCCACACAUGAGUCAGAUUUAAUGCAUAUGUAUAUAGGAAGUAAUAGUCUUGUUGAGGCACUUAUGUAUAUUUUUGGCACUUUUUCCUCUCCCUUUCAGUCAUUUUGCAAUAUUUCUCUUAGAUUAGCUGCUCUAACAGGAUCCCCCUUCCUGUCUUGGUUUACCCAGUGGGAGGGUCCUGCAUUCAAGUACACAGUCACACCAACUUUGGCACAAAAACAACUUAAUUGCUAGUUUUCAAUUGACAGUGAAUAUAUGAACACAGGUUAGGUAACUGAGGAAACUGUUAAAUAUUUUCAUAAAAUGGUAGGGCAUUUUUUUCCCCUUCGCAUUUUUCUCUUGUUUGUUUCUAAAUCUGUACAUGGAAGUUACGGUAAUUGUUGCUGAGGUACAGCCCACCUUGCACACAUUUAUGGUUGUGAUUUGCUAGAAAUAUUCCUAUGAAUCUAAAACAGUCCUUUUGAGGUUUGCUAAAACUGAAAUGCACUGAAUAUCAACAGAACGUGCUAAUCUGGUCUCAAACUCACAGACGUGCAAUCAUUUAAAAUAUGUACAAAUAAUAACAAGUAGCUGUUUGUUUUAUCUAUAGAGUGAAGCACUAUGGAUGGAGGUGAAAAUGAGUCUUGAGAUAUUUAAGACAAUCCUUACUGUGGUUUAAAGAGAAGGAUGUCUUGCUUUUUUUGGAGUGAGGUUUGUGGUCUCCUCACUGGAGAAACAUCUAUGUGGUUAUGCAGCUUCUUUUAGUCACUUGGAAUUUGACAUAUUGAGUUAUUCAGGACUUUGAGAUCGUCCUGUGGCUUUGUGUUACAAAUUCGACCAUAAGAAGUUUUAGUGUGUGUGAACAGAUCAAAAUGAGAAAAAUAGCAACUUCAUGUUUACAAUAUAACCUUUUGUUAAAAGUACAUUGUAUGUAUUGACAGUUUUAUAUGUGGGUAUCCUAGACUGAACUAGAUGAGUCUCCACUAGCAUAAACCACAGUUUUAAGUGUGUGUUUUGAGCUAUCUCUCUAUCCAUCUAUUGUGCCUAUGUUAAUUCUCAUCCAUCCAUCUAUAGCCUACACUAUAUCAAACUACAUGAAAAAUGUAUAAAAAAAUUAAAUUGUAAAAAAAAGUCACAAUUUUGUGAAAAUAUACUAGAAAUCAAACAACUAGCAAAAAAAAGUCAGUUCUGCUGCAUCUGCAUUGAUGUGAAACGCUUUGAAAUAGAGAUGGAGAGAUCUGUGGGAGGGAUGUAGAAGUGAUGGAGGGAGAGAGAGGGAGGGGGAGGAGAGGGACAGAGUGUAUGUUCAACUCUCUCCUUCAUUCAUUUUCCUUCAGUCCGUGACUGACGUGACUUACGUGUGGCUGCCAGGUGAGUAAAAUUUGACUUGUAACUCACUGCUGCUCUGCUAUCUGCUAUGGUUCCUAAUGAUGUUCUUAAAAUGUAUUCUCUGUUUAUCCUUUUCUUCUAGUGCAUGCUUUACAUCACAAUGGGUUUCAUUUAUUGGUUUAUGAAUAAAUACUGGGAUGUGGUAAAAUAUGUUAUGUAUAUACAUUGGUAUCUAUUUGUAUCUCUGAAUAGUUUUCUCCACAUAGAGAUGGUGAAGUAAUAGCCAGUUAUUUCUGUUUGUUGUUGGAUACUUAUAAUCAUGUUGCUAUUUAUGCACACAAAUUGUAGACCCUUUUUUUCUUAAUUUGAACUUUCAUGUGAAAUGUUCCUGCAUCCAUACUUCUACUCAACUUUUCUUCCAUCCAUCACAUGCUCUAAUGCAAUAUGCACAGAUCUGUUGGGUGAACCUCACAAACACCUGCAAAGAUACUGUCUUGGUCAAAUAAGUAAAAAUAACAGAUAGAAAUAACAUUUUGGAUUUAGUUUCAAUUUAAAAUCUAAUUUAAAUUUAAUUUUUUACAAUUUAAUUUUAGUUUUAAUUGUAAAGUCAUAAUGCAAAAAGCAACAACAAAAAAACAUUGUUCUUUAAAUGUUCUUAAUUGCCUUUAUGCAAAAUGUUAUUAUACAUUUUAUUAUAUAGUAAAUAUAGUAUACUAUUUUGUUACAUUUUCUUCUUUUGAUUUUUAAGUGAAAUGUGGGAUUAAAAAUUACAUUAAAUUUUUUUUAGAAAGUAUUUCCACUUAAUUUUUUUUUUUACUUUUCUUUAAAAAGUAUUUUUGCUAAGUAUGUCCAGAUAAACAGAUAAAGAGGCAUGUAGUGGGUCACCUCAUGGUGGCUGCCAUUUUGACAUCACAUGACCUGCUUCAUUUGUCUUUAUAACACACUCAAUGCAACUUAUAAAAAUACUGGUAAUUUCAUUUUGUAGUUCAUUUAGUAAAAAUUACACUCUUUGUUUUGCAUUCCAGAAGACUCCCCUCUGUGCAAUCAUGAUUCGGGCCAUCAGUCCCAUUUGUGUUCUUGUCUUUGCACUCCUCUUUGUGUGCAUGGAUGCACGUCCCGAAUCGCCAGGCCGCUCAAGGCGUGCUCCUGCUGCAAAAGUGCGAUUGGCAGGUAUCGGCCACAGAGAAAACGAGGGACGAGUUGAAGUCCUGCACAACGGGACCUGGGGCACUGUAUGCGAUGAUGAGGUCGACAUUAAACUCGCUAAUGUGGUUUGCAGGGAACUGGGUUUCCAAAGUGGCAUAACAUGGGCGCACAGUGCCAAGUACGGAGAGGGAGAAGGCCCCAUUUGGAUGGAUAAUGUGAGGUGUGAAGGAACAGAGAAAACUCUCAAAGACUGCAAGUCGAACGGAUGGGGUAUUAAUGACUGCAAGCACUCUGAGGAUCUUGGGGUGGUCUGCACUCCAGAGAGAAGGCUGGACCUAGUGCAUCCUGGAGUCACCAGAAGAGGGCACACCAUCUCUCUCAGGCCAAACCCAGUCACCUCGAACCGUUGGCAGGACAUUUACUCCAAUUCAAGGACACCUGCACAUCUCAGUCAAGGCAACGGACAUACCCAGGAUCACAGCAGAUGGGAUCAAUUCUCCAGACAGCAGUUUCAUAAUCCGUCUGCCAGUAGGGUGAAGAUCGAGGAAGUCCGCCUCAAGCCGAUCUUGAUGGUUACAAAGAAGCGUGCUCUUGUUACGGAAGGUGUGGUGGAAGUAAAGCAUGCUGGGAGAUGGAGACAGGUGUGUGACAAAGGCUGGAGUCUGAACAGCAGCAGAGUUGUGUGUGGGAUGCUUGGCUUUCCUGAUGCGGAGCAGCCCAACAUAAACACUUACAAAAAAAUAUGGGACAAGAAAGUCAAGGAUUCAACAACCAGAUUGAGUCAGACGACCAAGAAGAAGGGUAACUGGGUUGAGAAAGUACAUUGCCUGGGCACAGAGCCCAGUCUGGCAGAGUGUCAUGCCCAGCUUUCAAUCCCUCGAAGCCCUGGCCCCUGUAAGAACGGUCGCCACGCAGUGGCCCGGUGUGUCCCAGGACCACAGUUUGCUCGUAUGUCCUCUGGCAGACCCCAGGCACCUCAUCCUGCACAGCUGUCGGUGCGUCUGAAGGCCGGACCACGUCUGGGGGAAGGAAGAGUCGAGGUUCUCCGCGAGGGAAAGUGGGGAACCGUGGUUGACCACCGGUGGGACCGGAUCUCAGCCAGCGUGGUGUGCAGAGAGCUGGGCUUCGGCACAGCCAAAGAGGCUCUUACCGGAGCAUACAUGGGUCAAGGGACGGGGCCGAUCCACAUGAACACAGUGCAGUGCACUGGCACAGAGCGCUCCAUUUUGGAUUGUUACUUCCAGGAAGUCCCUCCCUGGACAUUCAAACACAGCCAGGAUGCUUCUGUCAAAUGUUAUGUUCCUAAGACAGGCUUUGAGAGCACGGUGCGGUUGGCAGGCGGCAGGGACCCGGCUGAGGGUCGUGUGGAGGUGCUUAUGGAGGUGGGGGGCAGAAAGCGCUGGGGGACAAUUUGCAGUGAGAACUGGGGAAUAAAUGAAGCUAUGGUGGUAUGCAGGCAGCUGGGCUUUGGUUUCGCCGCACGUGCCCAUCAGGAAACAUAUUAUUGGCAUGGAGACCCUGCAGCUGUAGAAGUGCUGUUGAGUGGAUCUCACUGUGUGGGAACCGAAAUGUCCAUCCAGCAGUGCCGUCGUAACAGUCACGUGCACUGCCCUCGAGGAGGCGGAGCUAAAGCAGCAGGCGUCACCUGUUCUGAAACGGCACCUGACUUGGUUUUGGAUGCACAGCUCGUGCAGGAGAGCGCUUACCUAGAAGACAGGCCUCUGCACCUGCUCACCUGUGCACAUGAGGAGAACUGUCUUUCUUCCUCUGCCAAGCGUAUGCAGUGGCCGUAUGGGCACCGCCGCCUUCUGCGUUUCUCCUCCCGUAUCAUGAACUUGGGCAGAGCCGACUUUCGUCCACGUGCCUCAAGAGAGUCGUGGACCUGGCACCAGUGCCACAGGCAUUAUCACAGCAUUGAAGUGUUCACACAUUAUGACCUCCUCACACUCAACGGAAGCCGAGUGGCCGAAGGACACAAAGCCAGUUUCUGUCUGGAAGACACCUACUGCCCUGAUGGACUUCAAAAGCGCUUUUCAUGUUACAAUUAUGGAGAUCAAGGUAUUUCGGUGGGUUGCUGGGACACUUACCGCCACGAUAUCGACUGCCAGUGGAUAGACAUCACUGAUAUCAGACCUGGAGACUACAUCAUGCAGGUUGAGGUAAAUCCAUCGCUGGACAUGGCUGAAUCAGACUUUAUGAACAACGUCAUGCGUUGUCGAUGUAAAUAUGAUGGACACCGAGUGUUUAUGUAUGGCUGUCAUGCAGGCGAUGCAUACAGUGCUGAAACUGAGGAUUUAUUCGAACAUCAGCGUCAGAUCACCAAUAACUUCAUUUGAGCCUGGUAAAGAGAGAUGAGAGGAGAGGGUGUUCGUUAAUGGCUCCCAGGAAUGCAGCUAAUUGGACAAUAAACUGGGUGAAAGAUGAGGAGAUCUCAGCUGAUCUCAGAACAGUCUACCAGUAGCCCUAAUAAGUGGACACUACAGUACACCGCUAAACUAUUUUCUCUAUGGAAAUGAAUUAACUCUUCCUGAUGUUUGGAAAUCAAACGAAAGGCUUAGUUCACCUAAAAUUAGAUUCUGUCACAAUUUUUCUUAGUAUUUUGUAUUUGACUUUUAUUUUUAAGUACAGUAACCUACUGGUUGCUUUUUUUCCACCCAUUUGCAAUGAAUAGAUACUGGAGCUUAUUUAAAGGUCCCGUUUUUUGUGCUUUUUUGAAGCUUUGAUUGUGUUUACAGUGUGCAGUAUAACGUGUUCAUUUUUCGUGUGUAAAAAAAACUCAGUAUUUUUCACACAAUUCACCUAUCUGUAUACCGCUGUUUUCACUGUGAUAAAAAAAAGCUGAUGACUUCCUUGUUCUAUAAAGUCCCUCCUACAGAAAUACGUAACGAGUUCUGAUUGUGCCAGCGGUUCCUGUGUUGUUAUUCGACAGCAGCUGAGCGCACGCGGCCCUCCAAGAAACGUGAUUGGGUUAGUUUUGAGAAGCAAGUGGGCAGGAUUUGUUUUGAUAACCUGGCAAUCCUGAUCUGAACGCACGUGCUGGAGAUGUACUUCUAAUCACAGAACGCUUUUACUGAUGAGAUGCGCAUGAAAAUUGCUUUCAAUUUUUUUGCACAGCCCUACCAUCUACUUAACAAAGCUAAACAGCGUUGCCCUUUGUGUAAUAAGUUAUAGAAACUGUUAAACGCACCAACUUAAUUAAUAAAAUACACUUACCGGUUGUGUUCCAUAAACAACGCCUUCUCCAGACAAAGAUAAAACUGCUCCAUCUUUCAAGAAUAAUCUUUGUGCGAAUCCGGCAUUAAACUGAUAAAGAUUGAGGAAGCUGUCCUCAGUAAAAUGUGCUGCACUUAGUUUUAUGUGUGGAUUAUAAUUUUCGGGAACCGAGUUAAACAUAAAUUGUAACCAUUGAUCUCUAAGUACAGCGUCCCUGGGAAGCCCAAACAAAGGUGAUUGGACUCUGAGAUGAAAAUAACCGCAUUUCGACGACAUGGCGACAAAAGCACUCUUCAAACGCAACUCUUCCUCCUCCUCCAUGCGAGCGCAACAAGACCACGCCCCCUUUUUGUGUAUUCCUGUGGGCGGAAGUUAGUCAAAACACUGUUUUAGUGACGUCAUUACUGCAGGAACUAGAGGGAUGUAGUCCAAAAGGGUCGUUCGAUGUGGGCGAAUUCUGUUAAAUAAAAUAUCUCGCUUGGCAUUGAACUUUGAGCUUUAGAAUUUUACAGGUAUUAUUUAUACUUUAACAACAACAUUACACACUAAUUAAAGUUUAAAACGAACACCAAGAACGGGACCUUUAAGACAAUGGAUAUCUGUAUGAGGUGGUUUUGUAUGAGAAGAUUUGGUAUUUACUUUUAUUAUUUAUCUAUAGUGAAUUGUUUGUUAUGUUGAAGUUUGAUAGUUCCAGUCCUUUUUACUUUCAUUUUAUUGAAAAGAGUGGAUAUUAUAUUCCUCAAAAAUUCUCAUUCUCAUUUCAACUGGCCACUGUUUUCGUAGUAGGCUCUCUUAUCGGAUUAAUGCCCAGAGCUCUGAACAAGGCCCUCUGCUGCACGGGGUUUCACUGGAUGUCAAACUAACCGAGCCAGUAAAAGUUUGAAAAGAAAUUAAAAGGAUUUCUAAGCACACCACUCAUUCCAAAGCUCUGGGCAUUAAUCCGAAAAGAGAGCCUACUACGAAAACAGUGACCACUAAAGGCCAGUUCACACUACACCGUCAGACACAAACCAGCUCUGACAGCCGACCAGUAUGUCACUUCUACAGAGCCAGUAAAUAAAGCCAGAAUCUGUAUUUAUGGGUGAACUGUUCCUUUAAUUAUUAUCCGUUGAGUAACUAGGACAUUGUUUUCAGAAAGUUGGCAGCAGUUGUUGUUGAUCACCUGGUUAAAAAUAAAACAUCAUGUAAAAUCUGUAGUUCUUGGGACCAUGAGACUAGCAUUAGAAUUUGUUUUUUUGUUUUCAUGUACCCAUAUAUUUAUUUCUUGACGUUAUAGAUUAAUUAUAGAACAAAUGUGUCAUUAUAGAAUAAAUAUAUUUGUACAAUAUUGAAUUUUUUGCAUUUCUUAACUAAUUUGAACUACAUUUUACCAAAAGAAAAGAAAUAAAUCUUAGUAAGUCCUUUUCUGAUCUACUUUACCUGACAUCAAAAUGCAGUUUGUUCACUUUUUCUGUUCAUUUAUGAGUUUUAUAUCUAAUUUCAAUUCUUCUGUUUGAGUUAUGCACUUUAUUGAUGGGUGUCAGUAUUCUGGAAGUAAUUGGUCAUUCACUACCAUCAUUCAACACACUUCUGUUGGUUUGUUUAUUAAAUUAAUUGUUCAAAUAUUUAUGCAUUUUUUCCAAUAGACCUUUUUAAUAAAUUUUCAGUGACUUUCCUGAUUCCUACAGGGUAACAAUGGCUGUUGUAUAUGCUGAAGAUUAAUUUAUUUAAUACAUUGUUAAAUGUUCCGGUUGAAAGCUUUAUUAGUUUAAUAAUUCAUUGCAUUGCUAAACGGUUGACUGCUUGAAUAUGUUUAACAUGUUCAAGGUUUGGAAUUUGUUUAGUACUGUAUGUACUUGAUGCUCUUUUAACAUUCAGGAGUAUAAAGAAGUACAUUGUUACAAUGUUGCAAACAGUCAUGAAAAGCAUUCAUAAUGUAAAGCAGUGAUGCAAUGAACAUUUGUGGCCCGGAGCUUUAAGUAUAUUAUUAAAGUAGAGAACCUUUUGUGUAUAAAUAGUGAAAAGAAAAAAAAAAAAAUUUUUUUUAGCUGUACUAUAUCAGUUUUUACUUUUAUUAUUUUUGCACAGUACGAGACAUUGUUUAACAACAGUUAUUGUGCAUAUGAUGAACUGAAUUUAUUCCUACUGUAUAUCUUAAAUCCUUGUGUUAUUUAUCAAGUGCAUCAACACAUGUACUUUCCAUUUUCACAAUAUAGUGCUUUUUUAAACCUUUGUAAAAUCAUAAAUAUGACUUAUUCUCUCCCUGUAUUGUAUACUUUACUUUCACCAUGAUAAUCUUGAAUUAUUUCACCUAUGCUUUUAUUUAUAAUUCACAUGUUACUGUAUGCUCUUAGUACUAGUGGUGCAUAAAUUGAUUUCAGUCCAUUAUAAUCCUCAAAUCUUUUUUUUUUUUUUUAUCUGCAAAUCUUUUUUUUUUUUUAUAUGUAAUCUUUGGGUGCCAAUUGUGAACUUUUUCUGGGAAUUUUACAUGGAGAGUUUAAGCUCUUCAUUUAAUUUGCAGUACUUUCAGGGAUGAAAUGUGUGUCUUUUCCAGUUUGUUCAAAAUAAUUUUUAAGAUCAGCCAGGACAGAUUUAAAUGGGCAAAGUAAUACCCAAAUUAUUCUAGAAACUGCAACGUGAUGUAAACUCUUGUUUCUGUUUUGUGAUGGGUGUUACAGUAGUAAAUCAAUGCAAACAACUGAUCUCAAAUGUGAAUAAAUAUCGCUCAUCAUGUCUCAUUUAGCUGCCUGUACUCUGUUUUUAUGCUCAUUUUGUACCAUGAUCCAUAGCACAGGGACUCCAUUAACAAUAAAUGUGUGUUUGUGAAAGA